AUGCUCCCGGGCUGCUGGCUGGUGUCUGCGCUGCUGCUGGCUCCGGGCUCCUGGGGCGCCCUGGGCCAGUGUCCCAGCUGCGAGGACGGGGACCCCCCGGCCUGCGCCCCCCGAGCCGGCUGCCGGGCCCCCGAGAGGGCAGCGGCGGCGCCCCCCGACAGCGCCAAGGCGCCCCGGGAAGCCUGCGGGGAGAAGGGCUGCGCCCGGGCGCUGGGGGAGCCGUGCGGGGUCUACUCGCCCAGCUGCGCCCGGGGACUGCGCUGCAUCCCCCGGGCCGGGGAGCGGACCCCCCUGCACGCCCUGCUGCACGGCAAGGGGGUGUGCCGGGCCGUGGGGGGCAGGAAGGGCAGCCGCAACCACACGGAGCCCGAGCCCCCGGCAGGGGAGAGCCGGAAGGAGAGUCGCAGGGUGAGCCACCCCACGCUGGCGCCUCUGGCCCCCCAGCACCACGGCCCCCUGACGGAGGCGAACGGCGGCAAGGACCGGCUGCACCAGAUCUCGCUGAGCAGCGACGGCAAGCCGGACUUGGAGACGGCUCCGUGCCGCAUGCACCUGGCAGCCGUCAUGCUGGAGCUCAAGGCCCCGCUGUACCUGAGCGGAGAGGACAUCUUCAUUCCCAACUGCGACACUAAAGGCUUCUACCGGAAAAAACAGUGCCGGGCAUCCAAAGGACAGAGGCGAGGCCAGUGCUGGUGUGUGGAUAAGAAGGGCCACCCACUGGCCAGCUCGGGGGGGCUGGAGGGCAACCCCCAUUGCCUGCCCAACGGGAGUGACUGA